AUGAAGCUCACCCUCUCAGCCCUCACCCUCGCCCUCGCGGCCCUCCCCGAGCUCGCCUUGGCCGGGUUCGCGGCCUCGUGCACCUGGUCGUGGCAGGAGCCCAAAUACGUCGUGGCCAACUGCAAGAAGAAGGACGGGAGCAACUUCCGGACGAGGCAGGACAUGAAUUUGUGUGUGGGUGUUGACAAUUGGACCGGGAGGCUCAUCUCGCAGAAUACGGGCAACGCCUUCCUUGAAUGCUGGGACACGCACAAGGACGGGAACACGGGGAUCAGGUCUACUUGCUGGGAUUAUACCGAGGCGGAUGUUGUUAGUACUGUGAAUAUUGAUGCCUACAUGCAGAAUUUGGAUGGGUGGUUGUGGUGCCAUGGGCAUCGGAGUGCGCCUUAUUAG